AACACUCCCCCGGUCUGCACAGCGAGCUGUAAAAACAGAUAGGGCUGGAGACACGUACUUCACGUCCACAGCACCGCCAGGAGGAAGCAACAACGCACGCAGUUACUCAUGCCGGGGCUGCACGAGUGACGCCGUGGCUCGCUGGAAAUUCACUCCACUUUCUAACUAACAGAUCAGCUGCACACGAAGAAGGAGAUUUUCCUCGGCUUCCUGAAACAACGCCACACUGUUAAUUCCACGUUUAAACAAGACGGGACUGACGUAUAAGAGUACCAGAGCGAGCAAACGCGCUUCAUUUCUGAAAGUUUUCAGCGGCUAUGGGUUCCCCGGCAUCGUUUUUGCCUCUAGUCGGGUUGGUCUUGUUUCUGUUGGGCGCUAGUAGUACUAUUACCUCGCAGCAGGACCCGGGUCCGGAUCCAUCCUCCCCCGGAUCCGCCGCGCACAGGUGCUUCUGUCAGGUUACAGGUCACCUGGAUGAUUGCACCUGUGACGUGGAGAGCAUCGACCACAUCAACAACCACAAACUCUUCCCAAAGUUACAGAGGCUCCUGCAGACGGAUUACUUCAGGUUUUACAAGGUGAAUCUUAAUAAGCCGUGUCCUUUCUGGAAUGACCACAGCCACUGUGGGAUAAGACACUGCGCUGUGAAGCUUUGUGAACUGAAUGAAGUUCCUGAUGGGAUUAAAUCGGACAGUUUCAAGUACUCUGAAGAAGCCCAGGGUGAGCUGGAGGAGUGUGGGAAAGCAGAGAAGCUCGGAGCCGUCAACAGCUCGCUCAGCGAGGAGACUCGUCGGGCCAUGCUGGAGUGGAGCAGACACGAUGACACAGCCGACCGCUUCUGUGAGGCUGACGACGAGCAGUCUCCAGACUCCCAGUACGUGGACCUGCUUUUGAACCCGGAGCGAUUCACUGGAUACAAGGGGCCGGCCGCCUGGAGGAUCUGGAACAGCAUCUACGAGGAAAACUGCUUCAAGCCAUCUACUGUCAGGAGACCCUUAAACCCACUGGUGUCUGGCCAAGGAUCAGCUGAAGGCACGCUAUUUUACAGCUGGCUGGAAGGGUUGUGUGUUGAGAAAAGAGCCUUCUUCAGACUGCUGUCUGGGCUGCACGCCAGCAUCAACGUUCAUCUCAGCGCCCGAUACCUGCUGGACGAUAACUGGUCCGGGCAGCGGUGGGGUCACAAUAUCAGCGAGUUCCAGCAGCGCUUCGACGCGGAGCUCACCGAGGGGGAGGGGCCUCGGCGCCUGCGCAACCUCUACUUCCUGUUCCUGAUUGAGCUGCGAGCGUUGUCCAAGGUGUUGCCCUACUUUGAGAGGCCUGACUUCCUGCUGUACACCGGGGACCCCGCCCAAGACAGUAGAAACAAGGACCUCCUGCUAGAGCUCCUCCGCCUGGCCAAAUCUUUUCCUUUGCACUUUGAUGAAAAUUCCAUGUUUGCCGGGGAUAAGAAGGAAGCAGCGAAGCUGAAGGAGGACUUCCGCUUCCAUUUUCGGAACAUUUCCCGGAUCAUGGAUUGCGUCGGCUGCUUCAAGUGCAGACUCUGGGGAAAACUGCAGACCCAGGGCCUAGGCACAGCUCUGAAGAUUCUGUUCUCCGAGAGGCAGAUUGAGUCCCUGCCCGAGUCUGGCUCCUCCCCCUCCAGCUUCCAGCUGACGAGGCAGGAGGUUGUGGCGCUCCUCAACGCUUUCGGGAGAAUUUCAACGAGUAUAAAGGAACUUGAGCACUUCCGAGACCUGCUGGCGAAGGUACAGUGAGGGACCAUCCGCUACGGACGCUGAAAACUGGAAAGAAGAAUUCCAAACCUUCUCAACCCGUCCUUUCCUCUAUUUCUCAACAAGAAAACAGGAGGACCCAGGAGGGCUGAUAUCUGUCUGCUUUGCACGAUUGUCAGGGUGAUGAGCUCAUUUUAUGAAGGCUUUUAAAAUAUGUUUGUGUUUGUAAAUGCAUUACUGGCAGGAUCGAUGAUUUGAGCUAAAACAUCCUCCCCUUUAAUUUUGUAACUCCCAGUGUUUGAAAUGCCCCGGCCCCACUUCUCCCAACCAGGGAGCUGCUUGCUGCUCUUUGUGGAAUUUGAAUUAACUGGGCAGGUUUACUGGUGAUCUGCAGAAAAUUCAUGUUUGAUCAUCUCUUAUUUUACACAGCAGGUAUUGCACUAAUCAACCACUAGAGGGUACUAUACACUGUAUAAUAGAAAGAAACAGCAGAGGGAAAAGUAACCUAUAAAAGGGAGUGGAUAUGGUGUUUGAGAUUCUUUUGGUCAUCUGUAUCUUUGUACAGAACCUGUGAUUAAUGUCGCUGCAAGGGUCUGGCAGAUCCUCCUGCACAGAAAGAGCCUUCUUGGUUUAUGUUUUUUGUGUGUGUGUAUAUGUUGUGUAAUGAAAAUAAUCAAAUACAGCUUUUUUUUUGUUCCCA